AUGAGCUUCUCGCUCACAUUCUCUGAGCUGGUCAACAUCGCCAUCCCGCAGUGCGGGGUGGUGAACUUCAAGGCCCUGCACCUCCUGCUCCAGGGCAUCCUGGAGCACAUCCACCUGGCUGAGCUCAAGAAGGUCCUCUCGGGAGACGAGGACUUUCUCCAAACCCCGCUGGCCACGUUCAUGCCCCGGGAAGCAGACGCCCAGCCCAUCCUGCUCCCCAUGAAGAGGCUCAGCAACGUCUUUGACCACGUGGUGAGCCGCAUCGACAAGAUGGAGAGCCAGCUGGCCAUGCUGCAGGACCUGCCAUCCACUUCCCAGCUGCUGGAGGGCAGCCGGGGCAAGGGCCAGCCCGCCCAGGAUCUGUGGCACCUGAUAAAGCUCCGGAAGAUGGUGGAAAGCAAUGAAGAAGCCAUCGCAAAGUCCAUGAAGAUUCUGCAGGAUUUGCUCACUGACAUUUAUGCACUCAAGGUCUCCACUGAAACUCUCAGAAAGGAUGUGGACAAACUGAAGGACAUACUUGAAAAGAUGCACCCAGAAAGAAUGGAUACUUUCUUGGAGGAUCUGAGAGGACAGACCCAGAAGAUAAGUGUGCUGCAGCGGAAAGUGGUUUCUCUCCAGAGCAAGAUCCUCACCAUCCCCAAAGCUGAGGACAUGGUGCUCUGGAGCAGCCUCCAUGAAGCCAUGUUCAGCCCCGGAACUUUAACACAAGGAACCAGUUCAGUACGGUUUGAUGAUUCAGAGCUGUUGCAGAUUGUGGAUCAGCCCCCAAAGACAGAUCAUCCCCAGACCACGGAGUACCCUGAAGCUGUUCGUCGUGUCCCGGUCUCAGGGGUCACCGAGCGCUCCAGGUUACCGGAGUCUGCCUGGCGUUACGAAAUCCUGGAGGAGCUACAGGAGGAGGAAUCUGCCCAAGCUGUUCUACUCGCCGGGGCCCAGGGGCCGGGGCAGCCUCACGUGCCUGAGCCUGGGUCUGCGCCCGAGCCUGAGCCUGGGCCCGAGCCUGGGUCUGCGCCCGAGCCUGAGCCUGGGCCCGAGCCUGGGUCUGCGCGCGAGCCUGGGCCUGGGCCCACGCGGAGGCCACAGCCUAAGCCCACUCCUGCACCAGGGCCUGUGGUGGGGCCUAGUCUGACACCUGGAUUCCUACUAGCACCUGGGCCUGCCCUCAGACCUGGGGCCGCCCUUGCCCCUGAGGCUGUCUCUGGGCCUGCACCUGCCCCAGGGUUUCAGCCCACACCACCAGCAGGCUGGCGUCUUCCCAGAGGCUGGUCCAGAGCUAGUAGUUGGCCUUCCGGCGUCUCGGGCUCCUUGCAGCUUGGCCCAGACCCAUCAGGCCUCCUGCCUGCACAGUCCCAGGGAUUCAGGGCCCCCCCACCAGCCACGGAGUUUGGCUCCGCUUGGCCCUGUCCACUGUGGUCACAGUCCAGCCAUGCACAGGUACAUCUGCUGCCGGCUGUCUCAGAAAAUCAAGAAGAAUAUUUAUCCCACGACAUGCCAGCUCCUCAGGCCAGGACCCCCAGGGCUGAGGACCCCAAAGCAGCACCCCCCAAGGCUACCCCAUCUGCCCUUCAGCGGUUGAAGACCACCGCCACCAUUGCGGCUGCCGCCGCCGCCUCCUACGCAAAGUCCGCCACGUUGGCAGCCCAGCAAGCUGAGGCCGCCACCAAGGCCAUCAAAAAUGCCCCGGCCACCAAGUUGGCCACCAUAGCAACAUCUGUGGCUGCAUCUGGGCCCCUAGGGGUUUUCGCAGACAUCCUGGGCGCGGGAUCUUCCCGUGGGGCCUUGGCCUCUGUGUCCUUGGCUGAGGACAGCAAGGCAGAAGACUUGCAGGGGUACAGUGAAGACUUCUAUCCCCCAUACUCUGCUGCCAGCAUCUCCCCCGGUAGGGCCUUGUCCCAGGCCAUGCUGGCUGCCCAGAAUGCCGUGACCACCGAGGACAAGAAGGAGGCUGUCAGGUACUCCAUGGGCCACAUAGCCCAGAUGCCCAUUAGACACGACUCCCUGAAAGAAGAUUUUGUACAGCUGUCGUCCAGCCUUCAGCAGCGCUUGACUUAUCUAGCUAAUCUGGGAGCCUCUUCUAAGCUCGGCACGACAGUGGACAUACUGCAGGAAAAGAUUGGGAACCUCCAGAGAUCCAGGAUGAAGGAGGAGGAACUUGAAAGAAUUUGGGGCCACCAAAUAGAGAUAAUAAAGGAUCACCACCUCGUGCUGGACAGGGCAGUGGAAAAGCUCCAGACUCGCCUGGGUGACUUGAAGAUUGUCCAUGCUGAAAUUAAAAACCUCGAAAUGCACAAGGUGGACAAAAGUGUGAUGGAGCAGGAGCUGAAAGAGAAAGCCGACAGGAGCACCCUGGCAGGCAAGGCGAGCCGAGCUGACCUGGAGACGGUGGCGAUGGAGCUGAAUGAGAUGAUUCAGAGCAUGCUCUUCAGGGUCGUGACCCACGAGAAUGACUGGAAGAAGACUGCGGAAAAGCUGAGCAAGGACCUGAGCACCAAGCUGGCCCAUAGUGAUUUGGAUGACCUGAAGAAAGACGUGGAUGAGGUCUGGAAAAUAGUCAGGAAGCUGCUGAUUGAAGGCCUCCGAUUUGACCCUGACAGUGCUGCUGGCUUUAGGAAGAAACUGUUUGAGCGGGUGAAAUGCAUCUCCUGCGACCGGCCCGUGGAGAUGAUGACCGGCCCGCAACUCAUCACCAUCCGCAAAGCCCACCUCCUCUCGCGGCUGCGCCCCGCCAGUGCCAACAGCUAUGAGUACCUGCAGCGGCAACGGAUGAGGGAACACCAGCAGCUACAGCAGCUUCAGGAUCUUGAAGACCAGGACAGGAGUCUGGAUGUGCUGGGACCCCAGCAGGACUGGGGCGACGGCCCCGGCAAUGAUGCUAACCUCAAGUUCAAGUCCUAUGACUUGUCAACAUUCUACCCCUACGGGGACCCUGAGGUGUUGGACUAUGACACAGCCGAGGUGGACAUUCUGGGAGUGGACGGGAUCCUGUACAAGGGCCGAAUGAUCAACCAGGAUGGGGCACGGCCUUCGACGGGCGUGGAGAAGGAGCUGGCAGGUGAGGAGUAUCAGGCCUUCCGGGGAGCCCCCACCCUCAAUGUCCUGGCUUUGCUGGGCAGCAUGAGGAGGUGCAGCUGGCAACAACCCAGUGAGGCAUUGCACCAACGAGCAGGUGAGGGCCGCUUGCUGGAAGGCCUGCACCCCCGCAAGAGUGUGUGCUCAGCCACCUCGGGCUCCCAGCCUCCGAUGCCAGCUCGGCCUCCAUCGCUGCCGCCCCUGCCCCUGCUGCCACCACUGACGCCAUCCCAGGGGGACCCCCAGCAGGUCCCGCGGCCUGCCCGGCACACACGACCUCUGCGCCUCGAGUCCCGAGCCAGCAUGCAGCCUGCCAACCCGGGGACAUGGUUCCUGGCCUGGGAUGCAGCGGCCGUGCCGGGCUGGACCAGGGGGAAGGGAACCAACCGUGCCAGUCAUGCGGGCUGGCCUGGAUCCACGGAAAACGACCCCACCAACACGUGCAGCUCUUAUCCCCCAGAAGAGGAGAAACGGCCCCCGAGAGCAGAGCAGAUCGCUGCCAUCGGGUUCCCAGCACCUCGUGCUGUGCCCCCGACACGCCCUCGGCCAGCCUGGGAGUGGGUCUGA